AUGGAGAUGACCCGGACGGUUGCGGCGUUAGCGGUGGCGGUAGCGGUACUGGUGAGCUUAGCGGGGAUAUCGGGAGCGGUGAAUGUGUGUGGUGUCGACGAGGACGGUCUCACAGCGUGCAAGCCAUGGGUGACGAAGCCGUGCCCUACCGAUCCCCCGCCCGUCGCUUGCUGCAACGGCCUCUCGAAGGCUGAUUUCGGGUGCUUUUGCAACUAUAAGAACUCUCUUGUGCUGCCCUCGCUUGGGAUUGAACCUAAUCUUGCUCUUGCUUUGCCGGCCAAGUGCGGCCUCCCCAGUGCUCCCCCAUGCUGA